AUGGACUCGUCACGGCCGCAUCUCAUCGCGGAUAGAUCGAAAGUGCCAGCCGUGAAAUCUGCCUCCACUGCUGCUCCAGCCAAGAAAGACACGGCCAACGAGUCAUCUACAAGCACUAAACGUGACUCUGAUAGAAAAAAAGAAGAUGAUGCGAGCAGAAACGCGAAAACAACGUCCGUAACCUCAGAAAAAUCACAUGCUAAGGAAGGAAAGAAGACUGAAUCAACAUCGACACAGAAGCGUGAUGAUUCUCGCCGCAGUAGCGACAGAAAACGCGAUGACAGAGAGCGACGUUCGACAAACGCCGAACGACGCGAUAGUGGUACGCAACGCGUUUUCGCAUACACACAUUGCUGGGUUGCAGCCAACAACGUGGAGAUUUUUUUCUUAAACACACAGCGUUCGAUCUUCUAA